AUGGAAGGGAUGUUGCAACAUGCUGCCGAGCGAGUUUCUAAUAGUGAAAUUAAUCUACAAGACGCAACUAUCGAAGAAGCCAUUCGUCUCGUUGACUCAACUGUUAACCUUUGCAAUAAGGCAGGCCUAGUUCUCCACAAAUGGGUAUCCAACAGUCGAGAGAUCAUUGCGGCAAUUUCCAAGGAAUUGAGAGCUAAUGCGGUCCAGCAGAUUAAGCCAGGAGACAAUCUACCAACUGAGAGGGUGUUGGGAUUAUUGUGGUGCACUGAAAGUGAUAGCUUUUGCUUCAACUUUGAAUUUGAAGAACAUCCUACAACGAGAAGAGGUAUAAUGGCUACAGUAUGCUCGGUGUACGAUCCACUGGAAUUCUUAGCGCCAGUAAUGCUCACGGGAAAAACCAUACUACAGAACGUGUGUCGAGAAGGCACUGGUUGGGACGACCCUCUCCCGGAAGACCUUAAAAUAACUUGGAAUUAG